CGCAGAGCCCAGUCGCUGAGGCGAAAUUUAAAAAAACUCGUUGAUUAAAUCAUGACAUUCUGGAUGAAAUGUAUUUGUAUGUGUAUUUACAGUUCAUAGACAGUUUCUGUAGAUAGGAAAUUCAAAGUUGAAGUUUAUAGCAGAAGCACCUUUGACUUUAUUUUGUAAGUCAGGAUACUAAUCUAAUCAGUGUCACGAUACUGAUGGACGACAACAAUAACAGCAAUAAAGACAAGAAAUGAGAUUAGAUCACUAUCACAAACUUUUUUGUUUUAUACGGUGCAAUAAAAUAUCAAUAUCAGUAUUUUGUAAUAUGGUAUAUUUGUUAUACAGUGUUUAUCUUUUUCUAUCUGUUGAUAUGUCUGUCUGUCUCUUUCUGAAGGUGUUAAACCCCAAUGUUACCCAUGAUUCAUCUGUGAUGGCAGGAAAGAAUCGUUUCUCGGUGGCUGACAGGUUUGAAUAUCUGCAGGGUCUGGUCACUGAGUUUCAGGACACUGACAGUGAAGAUGCUAAAGAGCAAAUUCUGGCAAACCUGGCCAACUUCGCCUAUGAUCCCUCCAACCUGGAGGCACUGCGAUUGCUCCAGGUCACUGAGCUCUUCCUGGACAUGCUGACAGAAGACAACGAGAACUUUGUGGAGUUUGGAAUUGGUGGUUUGUGUAACCUAAGUAUGGAGCGGGAGUCCCGUGAUCAGAUCCUGCAAAGCGGCGGAGUCCCAUUAGUGAUAUCCUGCCUGUCGAGUAACAGAGAUGAGACGGUUCUCUCUGCCAUCACUACAUUAAUGAACCUCACCACAGCGACCUCGCGUGCCGAGACCACAGAAAGCGCAGUGGUGCAGUGCAUGCUGCGCUUCUCCCUCACACAGAACCCGCGCCUCAGGAACCUGGCAUCAGUCUUCCUGGAGGACUGCUGCACGCAGCAACAAGUGGACAAAGCCAGAGAGGAAAUGCAGGGACAAAGCCAAUCAGCGGUGGGGAUCCCACUGCCAAAGGACUGAACGCUUUUGCUUUUGAAUGCAAUUGUCUCUGGGCAAUAUGUAAAUGUUGAAAUUGUCAUUUAAGAUAUUUUGAAAAA